GCAGGUUUUUCUGGGCUCCAGCCACUGCUUUGCUCUCCAGGCAGGCGUGAAAAUGUGAAAGAAUGUGAAAAAUGUGAAAAUGAUCGUGCUGGCCCCAAGAUUUGUAAACUUUCUGGUUAAUGUGUAAUAAAUACAUGACAGAUACUGCCAGUGACCCCUCUGUGGUGGCACUGCCAGCGGUGACAUCCCAGAGAGGCAUCUCCCCUCCUCUACACCGGGGGACUCCUGCUUGGAGAGGCUUUGGGGCUUUUCUAAACUGGUUUAUCAGGUUUGGAGUUCUCCAGGCUCCUGUGAGCAGCCUGCAGAAGGCAGGUUGUGUGUUUGUUCAGUGCUGCCCUGGCCAGGGUGCGUGCUGUGCCGCCAGGUGUGCCGUGUCCAGCUGGGAGCACACCGCUCAUCCCCAGCCCUUGGACUCCUCCAGCUGUAGCCACCUGGGCAGUAUUUCCUGCUUGGCACAGGGCGAGGUGCCACAGUGUUCCUGCCAGCCUGGGGAAUCUCUCCUGAGUCAUUCUGAUUUUUGCAGGAAGAGCUGAAAGUUGGUGGCUCAGCUCUGGGUGGGUCCGGCUGCUGCAAGGCUGGAGGGGAGCAGAGGUGAUCCCAAGGGGCAGAGGGGAUCCCAGGGGGCUGCCACCUCCUCCAGGGGGAUGUGCACAGCCCAGACUCACCGGGAAUUUGGGCUGGAAAGGGUCAGAGAGGGCUCAGAGUGCAGGGUUGGUGCCAGGGAUGGCCUCACACUCAUGGAUGUGGUCUGGAUGUGGGCACUCCACAGGCUGUGUUCCACCUCGCCUUCAAACAGCCUCCCAGCAUCAGGGAUCAAGGAGUUUUCUCUGAUGUUAAUGCAUGAAUUUGAGCCCUGAAAGACUUUCCCUGUAAUUUAGGGAGGAGAGAAUGUCCUUUGAAAAUCGUUUGGGUUGUUUUUGUUAGCUGUGUCAUCCUGGCAUCCCUCCGCGGGGUGAAUGGAAGGGACAGAGGUUUGUGGCUUGGGCUGCUUUGAGGUGGGCUGGGUUUUUCUGUGGGGCUGCAGGUGCAGCUGGGGGGCCCUGGGCACGCUGGGGGAGCAGGGCAGCCCCUCAGGAGCGGGGCUGGCUCUGGGAUGGUGCUGCUGGGAGGAUGUUUGGAGAGGCUGGGAUUUGGCACAGACACCAGCUCAGCCUGGGAGGGGCUGGCAGCUGCUGGGUGCCAGUGGAGGUGCCAGAGGGCAGGAUUAGGUGGUGUGUCUUCCCAGAAAGCCUGAACACCACCUGCCCGAGGAGAUCAGCUCAACUUUUGGUGCUUUGUUUUUUCCUAAACCCCAGGGGAUGCUGUAACCAGGUGAAGGAUGGACUGACAGAGCCUCAUCAGUUUCUUUUCCACCCAGGGCUGGGGGGCUCAGCCUGCAGGGAAGGAGCCAUUUUUGGACACAAACAUCCCUCUGGCUGCGGCGAGGGGAGUGGAGCUGCCGCGGAUCGAACCCGCUCCUGGAGGGGAAAAUGCCACUUCAGUUUGGUGUCUAAUUAGAUAUUUACCAGGAAGGAAGGAAAGAUAUAAAUAGGGUGACAGUGACUUCAAAGGGUGUUUUUUGACUUCUAAGAAUAACACCUUUGCUGGCGCCGAUUUCGGGAAUAUCGUCUGUGCCUGGGUGUGAAAGACGGAGGAGGUGUCGCAGCUCGGACGGCAGCCAGGGGAGCAAACCCAGACCCCAGCCCUGCUCCAGCCCCACAGACCAGCUGAGGAGGGGACAGAGCUCCUGGAAAGCUCAGCUGCAUCCACAGGGACACAGCAGGGGCACUCUGGGGAAGACCAACAGUGCUGCAACGCGGGCAACAGGAGACGUGUGGCACCAUGGGGACCCCAGCCCUGUCCCCAUGGGCAGUUGUGGUGCUCACCCCGGUGCUGGUGGGACUCUGGGCUCCCUGUGUGGUGAGCAGGCAGCCCAACUUCAUUGUCAUCCUGGCUGAUGACAUGGGCUGGGGGGAUCUGGGUGCCAACUGGGCAGAGACAAAGGAGACCCCACAUUUGGAUCAGUUGGCUGCCGAAGGAACAAGGUUCGUGGAUUUCCACUCAGCUGCCUCCACGUGCUCCCCGUCCCGCGCCUCGCUGCUCACGGGGCGCCUGGGGGUGCGCAACGGGGUCACCCACAACUUCGCCAUCUCCUCUCUUGGGGGCCUCCCCCUCAACGAGACCACCCUGGCCGAGGUCCUGAGGGAGGCUGGCUACAGCACGGGGGCUAUAGGCAAGUGGCACCUGGGACACCACGGCCACCAUCACCCCAACUCCCGUGGCUUCGACUACUACUUUGGGAUCCCCUACAGCCACGACAUGGGCUGCACGGACACCCCUGGCUACAACGUGCCACCCUGCCCGCCCUGCCCACAGCACAGCACCUCUGCCAGCAGGGUGGCGAGGAAGGACUGUUACACAGAGGUUGCCCUGCCUCUCUUUGAGAACGUCACCAUCGUCCAGCAGCCCGUGGAGCUGGGCAGCCUGGCCAGGCGCUACGCGGAGGAGGCAGAGCGGUUCAUCCAGAGGGCCAGGGACAGAGGACGUCCCUUCUUCCUCUACCUGGCCCUGGCCCAUAUGCACGUCCCUCUGGUCCCCCCGCCGCCGCCUGCUCCGGGCAGGGGCAUCUACGGAGCCUCCCUGGGCCAGAUGGAUGCGCUGGUGGCACGGAUCAAGGAGGUGGCUGACAGCCUGGGGAAGGGCAGCACGCUGCUCUGGGUCACAGGUGACAAUGGCCCCUGGGCACAGAAGUGUGAGCUGGCAGGACGCCUGGGGCCAUUCGUGGGUGCCUGGCAGAGGCAGAGAGGUGGGAGCUCAGCGAAGCAAACCACCUGGGAAGGAGGGCACAGGGUGCCAGCCCUGGCGUACUGGCCUGGCCGUGUCCCUGCCGGGAGGACGAGCCACGCUCUGCUCAGCAUCCUGGACAUCUUCCCCACGCUGGUGGCCCUGGCUGGGGCAGCACUGCCCCCAAACAGGCACUUUGAUGGCUUGGAUGUGUCCCCAGUUCUCUUUGGCUGGUCGGAUGUGGGGCACAAGGUUCUGCUGCACCCCAACAGCGGCGCAGCCGGGAAGGUGGGCGAGAUCCAGGCGCUGCGGCUGGCUCAGUACAAGGCGUUCUACACCACAGGAGGGGCCAUGGCCUGUGAUGGCAGCACGGGGCCGGCACAGCAGCACUACCCACCCCUCAUUUUCAACCUGGACCGUGACCUCCAGGAGCAGCAGCCUCUGGAUGUGGCCUCCAGGGAGUACCAGGCAGUGCUGCCUGCCAUCAGCAGGGCUUAUGCCCAAGCUCUGCAGGACAUUGCAGCAGACAACGUCUCGGUUGCAGAUUAUUCCCAGGAUCCAGCUGCAAUUCCCUGCUGCAACGUGCAGCACGUGGGCUGCCGGUGCCACGGGGCUCACGGAGCCACACGGGAUCCCCACGUGGAAAAGAGAACACCCUGGCUCUGUCUUUAAGCAAAUAAUUGCUCAGGCUGCUCCUUUCCCAAGGGUGCUGUCUGUGAAUUCCAGGCUGGAGGUGGCCAUGGAGAGGGAUGGAGGCUGUGGUUCCCUUUGCUCCGUGCUGGGAAGAGGGAGGUGAGCUGGUUUUGGGUCUGGGGGAGCACAGAGGGUCCCCUUUGGACCCUGAGCACGUGGAAGGCUUUUUGUAGGGCUCGUUAUCUGGAAAGAGACAGCUCUUGGAUUAAAACUACCUUCUG